UCUUAUUCGCGUGGUAGUCAUUAGGAGUGAUGGCAAAUGUACCGGAUGAUAAAAACAGUCAUGAGCAUGAUAAUGGAAAAAAUCCUAAUUUGAGAAACGAGGGUUUCGCUUCAUGUGCCUUAGUAAAUGCAAACUAUUGUUAUCAAAUGUCGCUCUGGUGGUGGAACACGUACUUGUAUAAUUUACAUGCUCAGGUACAAGAUCAGAACUGUGAGUGUGUGGAGCAGAGUGCGAUCGUGGAAGAUGAGUGUGAAUGCUGCCAGAAUCAAAGUGGAUUAGAUACUCGGAAAGGUCAAAUGUACCCGUGCGGAGAUUGUGCAGAAUCAAUUUAUUUUCGUGGAACACCAUGGCCACGAUCACAAGGCGAACAUUCAGUGGGUGGUGAAAAUCACCCUGACUUAAUUUUCAAGGGAGAUCUUAUAUCUGGUAGUAGUAAAGGUGCAUAUAGUAACAGUGUGAAUGAUGGCUGUGGUACUGAUGAUGUCAAUGAAGAUGAUGAUGAUAGCGAUGAGAGCAGUGAUGUUGAAAUGGAAGUUGAUGAAAACUUCAGGAAGUUUUUGGAACAAUCUGAGAGACACAGACAAGAGCGAGAGCAGAGGAAGCAAGAACUAUUGGAAGAGAAUGAUGAUUACAUUGAAGUUGGCUCAGUCCAUUUGAAUACUACCACUAGUGCUCCAACAGAACAACCAGGUUUAAAGAGAAAAGAGGAGAUGAAAACACUCUAUGGAAAACAUGCCUCCAAGAUCAUGGCUCUUGAAGCAUCACUUCAGCUGAAUUAUGACAGACAGUGUGAUGCAAGACAACCUGUUUUUUGGCCUAGUAUUCCCUUAAAGUUUUAACUU